CAAACCCACCCCGCGAACAACGCGUACGUAGGGCCGGUGAAAGCAAUCCUCGAGAGCAAUGACCGCGACAGUCCCCCGACAACUGGUGUGUUUUCUUUGGCGAUGCGUUCCUGACCAGAAUACAGACGCAAGAAUGUUUAAACAACAGUUAAAAAGACACUUGAUACUCAUAGCGCCUUGAUUCUUUAGCGUGAACCCUUGGCUUUAGCAUGAGCCCUUAACCUUGCUUUCACGGCAAAUAUGCCAGCUUGGCCUGGUGAUGUCAGUGAGGAAAGUCUUUGUUGAAGAUUGGAUUUCCUUACAACAGAUGGAAUAAUCAAAAUAUCGUUUUAUUUGGUCUUGGUUUAGGUCAGUACGCUAGGUUUUUGGGUAGGGGAAGUUAUUUGAAGCCUCACUGCUUUCCAGAAGACGUGCGUGAGGAGAUGGGGAGGGGGGCUUUUAAAGAAUUUACUCAUGUUAUACCUUGGUGAUCAUGCAUAAUUUCAAGGUGACGUAUUUGAAUGUUGCUACGAGUUCUCAACUGACAUUUUCAAACGUCAAGGCCUUCUGAAGAGCCUCUGGACACUUUUUCAGUACAACUGUGAGAUUAUUUCGAGGUUCUGUCAUUAUUCCAAGGUAACAAGGCAAUGACUGUGAAACCUGGUACAACCAGUACACAUGACCUUUGGCACCAGAUCUAAAGUCAAUCAAGCGGUAAAGUCACAACGACAAACAAGCAAGGAUCUCGUAGAGUCUGCGCCACGCUACCUAGCCUGGGCGUUUCUUCGAGAUUCUUCAUUUCCUGCCCAUUUUUCAGAGCUACACAUGCUCUAAUAGCAAGGCUAAUGUUUGCUGCGUUGUUGUCAGAAGUCUCUAUCCGCACUAUCGCAGUGAUUUGGGUCGUUUUCCUGACCAUUCUCGUCUUCUUCAAACGACGUAAGAUGGAUCCACCGUCACCGAGUGGGAGCUGGCCUGUUGUCGGACACCUGUUGUCCCUCGGCCGAGCGCCCCACCUGAAGCUAACGGAGUGGAGGAAGCAGUAUGGCGACGUGUACACUGUUCGAAUGGGGAUGGAAGACGUGGUGGUUCUGAACGGCUACCGGGCCAUCAAAGAGGCGCUUGUGGACUACAAGGACGCUUUCUCCAGCAGGCCAAACGUCUAUGUGCUGAAUCUAGUAUCUGGUUUUGGAGAAGACAUUGUGAUGUCACCAUUCAACCAAGCCUACAAAGAAAAACGCAAGUUCGCCUACAGUGCGCUGAGAACCCUGGGAAUGAGAAUGGGACCAGGCAGUAUGGAAGAAAACAUCAGGGACGAGGCCCGUCAGCUCUGUCUGAAGCUGUCCGAGCAAGGGGACGCACAGCCAAGUGACAUCACCGACAACCUAACCGUGUCAGUCGCCAACAUCAUCUGCUCCAUGGUGUUCGGGAAACGUUACGACUACGAUGAUGAAAAUUUCCUCGAACUGUCCAAGGUUGCAAACAAGCUGGUCGCCCAACUCGGAUCGAGUCAAUUAAUGACUGUUUUCCCUAUUCUGCGAUUCGUACCGGGAGUAAAUUCAUCAAACAGGAUUCUUGUCGAGUGCAUGGAAGAGGUUCACGCAUUCCUUCGACAAGAAAUUACAAAGCAUCGCGAGACCAUGGACAAAGAGAAUCCACGAGAUUUCAUCGACCUUCUCCUCGCCGAACUAGAGACCCAAGAGAAGACCGACUGCUUUAAAGAAGAGAAUAUUGAGUGGAUAAUUCAAGACCUGUUUGUUGCUGGAGUCGAGACCACGGCCACUACCUUGCGAUGGGGUCUUCUGUACAUGGUUCUGUGUCCAGAGGAACAGCAAAAGGUCCAGGCCGAGCUGGACAGUGUCCUGGGAGCAGACCAUGACGUGCCCACCCUGGCCCACAGGUCCCAGCUCCCGUAUACCGAGGCUACUAUCAUGGAGAUCCAGCGCAUCAGGGCCAUAGUUCCCCUUGCUGCUCCUCACACUCCUAACGAGAACACGACUUUCCGAGGCUAUGACAUCCCAGCGGGAACGCAGGUUUUUCCCAACCUGUGGUCAGCUAAUAUGGACCCGGAGUUUUGGCCAGACCCAGAGAAGUUUGACCCCAGUAGAUUCCUAGACUCUGACGGCAAGGUGGUUACCAGGCCGGAAUCCUUCAUGCCUUUUUCAACAGGCCGCCGUGUCUGCCUCGGUGAGCAGCUGGCAAAGAUGGAGCUCUUUCUGCUCUUCUCUUCCCUCCUGAAACACGUCACCUUCAAGUUGCCAGAGGGCGCCGCUGCACCUUCGACAGAUGGUUGCAUGGGAAUAACCUUGGUCCCAUCAAGAAUCAAUAUGUGCAUCAGCCAGCGCUAGUAUGCUCGUUCUAAAGCAAAUUGUGACAAGGAUUGAUAACAUGUACUUAAUAAGUUUAUAACAGUUUUUAAAUGUUAUAACCUUUGAAGCUUUGGAUAUGUGCACCAUAUGACGGAAUCUACCAUAACGUUAACGUUUCUGAUUGACCUUGAAGUGCCUAUUCUUAUUACCCAUCUUACGACAUUGUAGACAUUGAUUGUCAAAUUUACGUUUACAUGUAAAGUAGAUGAACUAUUAUGUUCACAUGUUAGAGUUACAAAUGUAUGUUUUUGGUGAAAGAGCAUAGAAACCCACUUGAUAGGAACUAAUAAUUUUUUUCAAAACUUUGUAUAAGCAAGCAGUAUCAUGUGGAUAAUGAAUGUUAUACAAGUCCUACAAUAUUAGACCAGGGUAAAGUCCACCAGGUGUCAUUCCCAUCAUCUGACUGUAGCUCGUUAAAACACCGGACUUAACCUCCCACUUUUGAACCAAAACGACAUGCUAGAGACAAAGGUGUAUUUUUCUUGCUUUUUUUUGUAUAAUUUACGUUCAGUUCAGCUUCCUUUAUUUGAACUGGAAUGGCCCAAUCGGCCUUAGCUGCUCUUCCCAGAGGUCAGUAAUGACCACUUGAGAAUUAUUGCAUACAAUGAAGCAUUCUACUGCUCUGUGAAUAAAAUUAUUUGGCGGCAUGUAAUUU